AUGCUACUGCCCAAUCGAACGGAAGCCCAGUGUUUCCAUCGCUGGCAAAAAGUGCUGAACCCUGAGGUCUGCAAGGGACCCUGGACGAAACAGGAAGACCAACUCAUUCUGAGGUUGGUCGACCAUUACGGUGCCAAGCAAUGGACCUUGGUGGCAGGCCACCUUCAGGGUCGGCUGGGGAAGCAGUGCCGGGAGCGCUGGCACAACCACCUGAACCCAGCCAUCAAGCACGGAAACUGGACGCGGGAAGAGGAUGAGGUUGUCGUCCGCUUCCAUGCCUGCCAUGGGAACCAGUGGGCUAAGCUAGCCCAGUUCGUUCCAGGGAGGACCGACAAUGCCUUGAAGAAUCAUUGGAACUCCACACUGCGGCGCAAGGUGGAGCAAGGGGAAUUCUUAGGCCUCAGGCCCUGGGUGGACCGACCAGGCGACAGUCAAGAUGAGGAUGGCUGCUCUCCCGCGAGCGACCAGCCGCCGAAUGCGACGGCGGGCGGGAGCGAGCCGCAGCCUGCCCAGGCCCCAGCCCUGCCUGCCCUGCCCGAUCCCAACCUGGACCCGCCCAUCAUCCUGCUGGGUCCAAGGCGCAGUGGCCGGCGCAGCAGCCUGGUGGUGGACCAGACUUUCUUUUCCCCGCCCAGCCAGCCCCAGGUGGAUGCCUGGGUGGCCGCGCCCACCGGCGACUUGCGGCUGCCCAGCGACUUUGUGCCAGACCUUGAUGAGCCAGACAGCGCGGCUGCCGGCCAGUGCGCCCCUGCUCCGAGUGUGGAGGAGAGGAAGCCCAGCUUCAGCUUCAGGACGCUGCCCAGGAGAGCCUCCGUGGGCGGCACCGGCCCCAGACCCGUGGCCAAGCCAUCUGCACGUCACAAGGCCCGCGGCAAGGUGGAAGCGGCGGCGAGCGACGAGGCCACGAGAGCCCCGCAGGCGAGCGGUGCUGGAUCCCGGUCCCGGCGACGCCGGCGCGAGAGCGCCGACGCCGGGCCGAAUCAGGAUGCCACGCAGCUGUCCGGGGAUGCGACGCGCGGAGCGACGGGGAUGAUGAUCGAGGGGCCUCUGCCGCCGGUCGCGCAUGCGGCAUACGGCGGGCCCAAGGCGGCGGCCGCCGCCCCCGGCGCCGCCGCGUCCCUCGCUCCGACUGUGACAGGCCCCCCGGGCUGCCAGACCCUCCCCCUGGCGCUGGGCGUGGUGCUGCUGCCGGUGGGGGGCGGCGGCUGCUCAGGACCUCCCACCCAGCAGCCCGCCUGCCCGGCCCCGGCCCUGGCUCAGGGCCCCGCCGCCCUGCUCUCGCUCAAGGCGCGGCUGUACCAGCUGGCGGCGGUGUCGCCGGAACAGGCGUGCCGCGACGCCCGGGGGGCGGAGGGCGAUGCGGGCGCGUGGGGGGCCCCGGAAGAGGGCUUCGAGGCGCCGCGCCCGGCCGCGGUCCUGCACCUGGCGCGGCGGCUGGAGGGGAGCAGCUGGCCCGGGGCCGACGGCGAGCGCCUGGGUGACAUGCAGAGGCGACCACCGUGCCCCGACGCAGCGAGCGGUGGCCCCGCGCCGCUUGCCCUCGACCCCUCCCUGCCCUCCUCGGUCCUGCGCGCGGCCGGGCUGGCGGCGGCGCUGGGCCAGGGCCUGCCCUGCACGGGCCCCACCUGCCAGGCCGACGCCCUCAGCUGCAUGCGGGCCGCGCUGUGGACGGGCGAGGAGCUCUUCGCCGCUGCCCGAGACCUGGACGGCGGCCGCUUCGCCGCCUCCCUGCUGAAUCACUGA